AAACCAUUCUUGAAAAAUGAAAUAGUACCUUAUGUUGUGUUGGUGGGAUUUGUGGGAGCAUCUGCUUUGUAGCAAGUUUCACGGAUUUGCGCCACAAAAGCGAAACCAGCGAAAUGUUUUACCAUGUAUCUUUGGAGCAUGACAUUCUACUCCAUCCUCGUUACUUUGGGCCAAACCUUUUGAACAUAGUAAAGCAAAAACUCUUCACAGAAGUUGAAGGAACUUGCACUGGAAAGUAUGGUUUUGUAAUAGCUGUAACAACAAUAGACAAUAUUGGUGCUGGCAUGAUUCAGCCAGGUCGUGGGUUUGUUAUAUACCCUGUGAGAUAUAAAGCCAUUGUAUUCAGACCCUUCAAAGGAGAAGUUCUGGACGCUGUUGUGACACAAGUGAAUAAGGUUGGAUUGUUCACAGACAUCGGACCACUGUCAUGCUUCAUUUCAAGACAUUCCAUUCCAGCAGACAUGGAGUUUGAUCCAAGCUCCAACCCACCCUGUUACAAAACAAAAGAUGAGGAUAUUGUCAUUCAGCCUGAUGAUGAGAUCAGAAUCAGGAUAGUUGGUACAAGAGUGGAUGCCAAGGACAUUUUUGCGAUCGGAACACUCAUGGACGACUUUUUGGGUCUUGUCAGCUGAGGGGGUCAAGGGGCUUCAUUUUGUGAUGAAUCGUCUCAUCUUGUACAUAAAAUCAUCAGCUAAAUAAAUUCAUUUAAAAGUUGA